UUUAAAGGCAAUCAAUCCCACUUUACAAAAGUACAAAUAUUUCAAUCACCAAAAUCCACAUAUUUCUAGAGCUUCACACUAUUUUUUCCCUUGAGCUCUCUCUCUCAACACAACUACUACACAUCCUUAACAAUCUAGACAUGGUUCAACUUCAACUAAGCCUAAGGGCAGCACCAAAAUUAUUGUUUCUAUGUUUCUUUCUCAUUCUGGUGAAUUUCCACAAAGCUGAGGCUGGUGUUAGACAUUAUAAAUGGGAGGUGAAGUAUGAUUAUAGAUCCCCUGAUUGUUAUAAGAAACUUGUUAUAACCAUUAAUGGAAAGACUCCAGGACCUACCAUUCAAGCACAAGAGGGUGAUACUGUUGUAGUUGAAGUUAACAACAAAUUGCUCACAGAAAACCUUGCCAUCCAUUGGCAUGGUAUUAGACAGAUUGGAACUCCUUGGUUUGAUGGAACAGAAGGAGUGUCUCAAUGUCCUAUACUACCUGGAGACACCUUUGUUUAUCGAUUUGUUGUUGAUAGGCCUGGUACAUAUCUUUAUCAUGCUCACUAUGGAAUGCAAAGGGAAGCAGGAGUAUAUGGAAUGAUUCGUGUGGCACCUAAUGACCCUGAACCUUUUUCUUAUGACUUUGAUAGAAGCAUUAUUUUGAAUGAUUGGUACCAUAGGAGUACUUAUGAACAAUCUGCUAGAUUGUCUGCAAUCCCUUUUCAAUGGGUGGGGGAACCAGAUUCACUUCUGAUUCAUGGAAAAGGAAGAUACAACUGUUCGUUAUUACCAAGCUUACCUGCUGCUGGUGUUUGUAACUCAUCAAAUCCUGAAUGCUCUCCCUUUUCACAAACAGUCGUCUCAGGAAAGACAUACAGAAUUAGAGUUGCAAGCUUGACUGCUUUAUCAGCACUCAGUUUCCAAAUAGAGGGCCAUAACAUGACUGUUGUUGAAGCAGAUGGACACUAUGUUGAUCCUUUUGUGGUUAAGAAUCUCUACAUAUACUCAGGCGAAACAUACUCAGUUCUAGUCAAAACUGAUCAAGACCCAUCAAGAAACUACUGGAUCACCUCAAAUGUUGUCAGCAGAAACAGAACAACCCCGCCUGGUUUAGGCAUUUUCAACUACUACCCAAACCAUCCAAUGAGGUCACCACCAACAUCUCCACCACCUCCACCAGCUUGGGACAAUGUUGAGUCAAGACAUACUCAAAGCCUUGCAAUCAAAGCUCACCAAAAUUACACAAUCAAACCUCCAACAACCUCAGAUAGAGUCAUAGUUUUGCUCAACACACAAAACACUAUAGACAAUGUUCGUCAUUGGUCUGUUAACAACGUAUCAUUUUUCCUUCCUCACACCCCUUAUCUUGUUGCACUUAAAGAGAAUAUAACUGGUGAAUUCAACCAAACACCUCCACCUGAUGGCUAUGAUUUUAAUAAUUAUGAUAUUUUCAGUGUGGCUAACAACACAAAUGCUACUUCUAGCAAUGGAAUUUAUAGACUGAAGUUCAAUACAACUGUGGAUAUUAUACUUCAAAAUGCAAACACUAUGAAUAAAAAUAACAGUGAGACACAUCCUUGGCAUCUUCAUGGACAUGAUUUUUGGGUACUUGGAUAUGGAAAGGGAAAGUUUGAUGCGAACAAAGACCCAAAAAAUUAUAAUUUGGUGAACCCCAUUAUGAAGAAUACUGUGCCAGUGCACUCAUUUGGUUGGACUGCUUUGAGGUUUCGAUCAGAUAAUCCUGGUGUCUGGGCUUUCCAUUGUCAUAUAGAGUCUCAUUUCUAUAUGGGAAUGGGAGUGGUUUUUGAAGAAGGAAUUGAAAGGGUUGGGAAGCUACCUUCAUCCAUCAUGGGUUGUGGCAAAAGCAAAGGCUUCUUAGGCCAUAAUUAAACAAGCAAUUUCAAUUUUUCCUUUGUUACUUUAGAACAUCCAAUUCUUUUCUUACUCCAAAAGAAUCAUCAUGAUAUAUUUUAAUUUUUUUUUAAAAUUUUAGUAUUAUACAAAUUGUGCUGGCCUCAUUGUAUAUAUUGUAAAGUGUAAUUGUAAUGAUUCCUCAGACUCUUUUCUGUGAAAAAUGGUUAGAGCAACUCAAAAUUGCAUAAUUGCAGUAGACUACUACUUCUCUAGUCUCCUCCGGUUACUGUCACUGCCAACUUUCACAUGAGUUACAUACCAACUUUACAAAGUCAAUCCCUUAGGUAUAUCUUUGACCAAGUAGCUACUUCUAUGCAAGCUAUCUUCUGUCAUUUUCAA